AACAGCUGAAAUGAACAGAGAGCCGCGGAGAGUGUGUGUGCAUCUGGAUCUAAUAUCAGCUACCUGUCCCUGUCACUCUGAUAGUCAGCCGAGGUAGCCGCUGUUUACCACCGAUGCUAUGGCAAACCCCAAUGGCCAAUUUUAAAGUCUUUUCCACUUUAUACAUAAAAAGGGUUUCAUCUCAGCCGCAACAGGAACCGCGCUGUUGUGCGUUUUUUGGAGAGCUGAACACAUUCCACAGUCGGACCGUCCGAUUAUCCUGCCUGUACUAGGGGACUUAAUCUGCUUUUGACAGCCAGUUGUGCGAUCUUUUACCGAUGAACUGUAUGAAGGAUCCUUUAAACACAGACCACCGCCACCUAACAGGGAAUAAACUUGCCUCCACACACCACACGGCUCUGGCGAUGGCCUCGAGUUUACAGCCGCUGCAGCGGUCUGUGGACUCUAAACAUCGGUUAGAGGUGCACACGGUGUCGGACACGUCCAGUCCGGAGUCUGUCGAAAAAGAGAAGAUACAAAAUAAAAACGACGACUCUUCGGAUGAUCCUUCCAAAAAGAAGAGGCAGCGGCGGCAGAGGACUCACUUCACCAGCCAACAGCUGCAGGAACUGGAGGCCACUUUCCAGAGGAAUCGCUAUCCGGACAUGAGCACAAGGGAGGAGAUAGCCGUGUGGACCAACCUCACAGAGGCCCGGGUCAGAGUGUGGUUUAAGAAUCGGCGAGCCAAGUGGAGGAAACGGGAAAGAAACCAGCAAGCCGAGCUUUGCAAAAACGGGUUCGGCCCGCAGUUCAAUGGACUCAUGCAGCCCUACGACGACAUGUACCCCAGCUACACGUACAACAACUGGGCUGCCAAGGGCCUCACGUCGGCGUCCUUAUCCACCAAAAGCUUCCCCUUCUUCAACUCCAUGAAUGUCAACCCCCUGUCCUCGCAGACCAUGUUCUCGCCGCCCAAUUCCAUAUCAUCCAUGACUUCCAGCAUGGUGCCAUCUGCGGUGACCGGCGUGCCAGGCUCCAGCCUCAACAGCCUCAAUAACUUGAACAAUCUCAGUAACCCGUCUCUCAACUCGGGGGUGCCCACACCUGCGUGCCCCUACGCCCCUCCGACCCCUCCUUAUGUGUACAGGGACACUUGUAACUCCAGCCUGGCCAGCCUGAGACUGAAAGCCAAGCAGCACUCGAGUUUUGGAUACGCCAGUGUGCAGAAUCCGGCCACGAAUCUGAGCGCUUGCCAAUAUGCCGUGGACAGACCCGUCUAAUACCUACAUGCACUGCAAAAAAUAACCACCUUAGCAAGUCAUCAGAGGCCAGUAGUGACGUUGAAACUGUUUUUUUUUUCCUCGAAAGGAAGAGAGUAUGACAGAUCACUUUACUUUUUCAUGCGUUUCAGAAAAUCUUUCGAACAGCUGCUGAUUUCUUGGUACUAUUGGCUUUUAUUUUU